AGCCCCGCGAUUCGAUUUGGUGACUGUUUUUGCAAACACACACAUCUGCAGGAACAUAAGAGCUCUCGUGCUCUGAGAACUUUCAACUUGUUUUUGUAAUACCUUCAGUCAAAAUUCGAUACACGAUUACUCAAUUGAGUUCAACUUCAGUCCAAUUUCGCCACCGCACAUUGUGACUGUUCCACUCCUCCAAUAAACCGAGGCACCGGAACAUUUUGAGUUUCUGUAACCUCAAAUAUGUCUACACCGCCAGGACCUUCUGGAGCUGGCAAGCUCAAUGGCGCUGCAGGCAAAGCCUUUCCUCACAUUGACCUUGAUGGUCACAAUCUGCCACCCUCGCCCGCCCCUUCGAGCCCUCGAAACGGUCGAAAAUAUGCAUUGGCUACUGAAUUGGUCUAUACCGAGAGCAAAGACCAAUAUGGCGCCUCGAGCAUGCCCAUCUAUCAAUCGGCCACAUUCAAGCAGACUUCGGCGGGAGGGGGCUCAGAGUAUGAUUACACACGGUCAGGCAAUCCUACACGAACACAUCUAGAAAGGCAUCUCGCCAAGAUCAUGAAUGCUUCCAGGGCUUUGGUAGUUGGAUCAGGCAUGGGAGCAUUGGAUGUUAUUACACGAAUCCUACGACCGGGAGACGAAGUCAUCACAGGUGACGAUCUAUACGGUGGUACCAAUCGAUUGCUGACAUACAUGGCAACAAACCAUGGCAUCAUUGUCCAUCACGUUGACACCACACAGCCUGAACGUGUGAAGGAUGUUGUGUCACCGAAAACGGCAAUGGUAUUAUUGGAGACUCCUACCAAUCCCCUUAUCAAGAUUGUCGACAUACCCUCGAUUGCCAAAAUAGUUCACAACAUGAACGCGAAGGCCUUGGUUGUCGUCGACAACACCAUGCUGUCCCCCAUGCUGUCCAACCCUCUCGACCUAGGUGCUGAUAUCGUUUACGAGUCAGGAACCAAGUAUCUUUCUGGUCACCACGACAUCAUGGCUGGUGUACUGGCAGUAAAUGAUCCCGCAAUCGGAGACAAGAUGUACUUCACCAUCAACGCCACCGGAUGUGGACUGGCACCGAAUGAUGCUUUCCUCCUCAUGAGAGGAAUCAAGACUUUGGCAAUCCGUAUGGAAAAGCAACAAGCAAACGCUCAACGAAUCGCUGAGUUCCUUGAGGAUCACGGAUUCCGGGUAAGAUAUCCAGGCUUGAAGUCUCAUCCUCAGUAUGACCUCCAUUGGUCAAUGGCCCGAGGUGCUGGAGCUGUUCUUUCGUUUGAGACCGGCGAUGUCGCCUUGUCAGAGCGCAUUGUUGAGGCUGCACGACUGUGGGGUAUUAGUGUCAGCUUUGGCUGCGUGAAUAGUUUGAUAAGCAUGCCUUGUCAAAUGAGCCAUGCUAGCAUUGAUGCGAAGACGAGAAAGGAACGGCAGAUGCCUGAAGAUAUUAUCAGGCUCUGCGUCGGUAUUGAGGAUGUGGAUGAUUUAAUUGACGAUCUGAGCCGAGCACUCGUUCAAGCCGGCGCAGUGACCGUGACUUUAGAUGGUUUCCAUGCCACAGGACCUGCAAAAGCGUUGGCUGAUGUGCCGAUAGAAGAAUCCGACGCAGCUGCAGCUCCUUCGUAAUACUUUUUGGUUCUCAUGUUCCGUAUCUUGCAUUGCAUAGGCGCAGGCGUCUCUUGGGCGGAUGAAUUCUCUCUCAUUCAACGAAUAUGAAAAACAGCUCAGGGACAAAUACCACGAGUCUUAUUGAGGUCAAUACAAAAAGUUUAUAGACUGCC